AUGUUCAAUAUAAUACUAAAUCAUGUUCAAACUCAAAUGUCAUCAAAUUUACACCUCAAAAUCUCAGGAUUAAUGGGAUCAACAUCAUUAGCAUGUUGGAUAGUUUUAUUAAUGCCUCAAUUAAUUGAACAAUGGAGAUUAAAAUCAGCAGAAGGUAUUGCUAUUGGAUUUAUUUCAAUAUGGUUUUUGGGGGAUUUUUUUAAUUUAAUUGGUGCUUUAUGGGCUCAUUUAUUACCUGAAGUUAUAUUUUUAGCUAUUUGGUUUUGUAUAGCUGAUUUUUUAAUGAUUUUUAGUUAUUUUUAUUAUACAAGAAUUUAUAAAAAGAAGAGUCCACAUCAUAAAAAGCAUCAUUCUCAUCAUCAUUCUCAUCUUGAGGGAGAAAGAGAAUUUAUUGAUGUUAAUGAAUCAACUCCAUUAUCUUCAACUGAAUCAUCACAUAGUAGAAGAAGAAGAAGUUCAACUUUAACUGAUAUUGCAAUGGAACCUCAAUAUCAUUCAAUAUUUGUAAAAUAUAUUUUACCUAUAAUAUUUGUUAUAUCAUGUGGUACAAUAGGAUUUUUAUUAUCAAACCCAAACAACUCCGAAAAUCAACCAGUUGAUGAUUUACCUAUAGAAAAUCCAAUAAAAUUAGGUCCACAAAUAAUGGGAUAUUUAUCAGCAUUUUUAUAUCUAGGAGCUCGUAUACCACAAAUUUUACAAAAUUAUAAAAAAAAAUCAGUAUUUGGUUUAUCAUUAUUGUUUUUUUUAUUUUCAACUUUGGGGAAUUUAACUUAUGCUUUACAAAUUUUAUUUUUUAGAUUUGAUAAACAAUAUAUCUUGCUUAAUUUAAGUUGGUUAUUAGGAAGUUUGGGAACAAUAUUUGAAGAUAGUAUUAUCUUUAUACAAUUUUAUAUGUAUAGAGAUAAUGUAGUUAGUAAUGAUGAUGUUGAUGAAGAGGGACGUUAA